AUGCUAUCAAUACUGUCAAUUUCAACCUUUUUAUCACCGGAGGCUGAAGCCAUUGGAGUCAACUGGGGCACCGCCUCGUCGCAUCCUCUGCCGCCUCCAAAAGUGGUGGAGCUCUUGAAAUCUAACAAAAUCAACAAAGUCAAGCUACUUGAUGCUGACCCUCUUGUUCUGGAGUCACUUUCGGGCUCCAACAUUUUGGUAACGGUCGGAAUUCCCAACUCUAUGCUUCGUAGCUUAAACUCCUCCCUCAAGGCGGCCGAGAGUUGGGUACACGAUAAUCUAACCCGCUUCGUCUCCGAUGGCGCUUCAAAAGUCCAAAUAGAGUACAUUGCUGCUGGUGAUGAGCCAUUCCUCGAAAGCUAUGGCGUACAAUUCUAUCCCUUUGUUGUUGGAGCAGCUGCCAACAUCCAUACAGCUUUGGUCAAAGCUAACUUGGCCAACAAGGUAAAAGUUGUAGUUCCCUGCAGUUACGACGUGUUCCUGUCAGAAUCUGGCCUUCCAUCGAAGGGACACUUCAGGCCUGAUGUCAAUAAAACCAUGAUGGAACUUCUUGCAUUUUUGAGCAAGCAUCAGUCUCCUUUCUUUGUAACCAUAUCCCCUUUCCAAAGUUACAAAGAAAGCAAGAACAUUUCCCUCGACUAUGCUCUCUUCAGAGAAAGUGCACACCCUCGAAAUGAUAGUCACAAGAUAUACAGAAACAGCUUUCAAAUGAGCUAUGAUACAAUCAUCACGGCACUAUCCAAAGCAGGUUUUCCCCAUAUAGAUAUUAUCAUCGGACAAAUUGGUUGGCCAACAGAUGGGGCCGCCAAUGCUACUUCAGCGCAUGCUGCAGAAUUCAUGAAAGGCCUUAUGGACCACCUCCAUACAAGAUCAGGAAAGAAUCCAAGUCCUCAAGAUCUUCCGACAGAGAUGUACAUUUUCAGUCUUUUAGAUGAGGAUCAGAGAAGCGUAGCCUUGGGAAAUUUUGAGAGGCACUGGGGCGUGUUCACUUUUGAUGGCCAGGCUAAGUAUCAAGUUGAUUUGGGCCAGGGGUUAAGGAAACUGGUGAAUGCACAAGAUGUCCCAUACCUGUCAUCUAAAUGGUGUGUAGUGAACAAUAACCGUGACUUGUCUAAUGCAACUGCACUUGCUUUAGAUGCAUGUUCUGCUGCUGACUGCAGUGCACUGUCAACUGGCGGUUCCUGUUUCAAUCUCAGUUGGCCUGGGAAUAUUUCUUAUGCAUUUAACAGCUAUUAUCAGCAGCAUGAUCAAAAGGCUGAGAGUUGUGCUUUUGGGGGCCUGGGAUUGAUUACAACCGUAGAUCCAUCAGUCAAUAGUUGUCGAUAUGUUGUUGAAUUAAGGACCUCGCAUUCAGUCCUACACAGGCACACAUUUUUCCAUUGGAUUGUUUCACCAACAGGAGCGAUUUUGUUGUAUUUAUUAAGCGACAAUUGGAGAUAA